AACAAGAAUUAUCUUAAAGUUGAUUUAUCAAAAAAAAAGUUAAAGAGGAAUUAAAAACAUCAACAGGGAUUUCCAGGAGAAGAAAAGCAACGUCGUAAAUUAAUGAGCAACAUGCGUCAAAAGGAUUUGCGCCCAGCACCUGCUCUUAUCGAGUUCAAGGGCAUGAAGUUCCUAAUCACCGAUCGGCCAUCCGAUAUAACCAUUCAACAUUACAUAACGGAGCUCAAGAAGAACAACGUUAGCACGGUGGUGCGUGUAUGUGAGCCCAGUUACAAUACCGAUGAGCUGGAGGCUCAGGGUAUAACAGUUAAGGAUUUGGCAUUCGAGGAUGGCACUUUUCCGCCACCUCAAGUUGUCGAUGAGUGGUUCGAGAUUUUGAAGCAAAAGUACCAACAAAAUCCGGAAGCUUGCGUUGCUGUACACUGUGUUGCCGGCUUGGGACGAGCCCCAGUUUUGGUCGCAUUGGCGUUGAUUGAAUUGGGACUCAAGUACGAGGCAGCUGUAGAAAUGAUAAGAGACAAACGACGAGGCGCCAUUAAUGCCAAACAACUAUCAUUCUUGGAACGGUACAAGCCCAAGGCAAGGCUAAAGCACAAAAAUGGCCACAAGAAUUCAUGUUGCGUGCAAUAGAUUUUCCGAAACCAUAUAAAUUCCCACCAGAUGAAAAGUGUUCAUUUUUAAAGAAGAAAAACAAAACAAAAGUUAAAACCAACAAAUGUGAAAAUAUACAUAAAUGAAAACAACAGCAACAUCAAACAGCAACCAGCAACAGCAACAAUGCAAUACAGCAACUAAUCAGCAAUAAAUUCAAUUCAUUUAAUGGCAGUAAGCAACAGAACAUGUACCAGCAAGCAGCGGAAAAAAACAAAAAUAAAACAACAACAGCAACGAGGAAAAUAGUAACUGCGCCGCAACUCUCCGCUUGCCGGCAGCAGCGCAAACAUUCAACCAAUUAAACCAUAUAAAUAUGAAUUCGGUUAGCCAGUCAUGAGCCACUGAGCAAAUGAGAGUUAACAGCAACAGUAAAAACACCACAGCAACAGCAACAGCAGCAGAUAGCUUUGAAUUUGUAGCAUACAAAUGGGCGCGCAAAACAUCGCUAAAAGCGCGCACGGCCACUUUGCGCCGACUACUUUACGCCUUUCUGUACUAUUUCUCUGCUCUUGAUUGGAAUUUUUACUAAACCUUUCGCUACGCGCUUUUCGCUUUUUCUUCUGCUUCCUCCAACCGCCGCAACUGUUGGACAUGACAGUGAGUCCCGCGCGCGUGUGUGUGUGUAUGUGUGCAAGCGUUUUGUUAAUAGUACUUCCACGCACGCUAAAACACACAGACAUACACACGUACACCCACACACCCAAAACACUUUUCUACAUCAACCUUCAACUGUAACAGCGGAAAUAUAAAUAACAACACCAACAACAAAAACAACAACAACUCUUUAACAUUGACAAUGAACGCCAACUCUUUUUUGACUUUAAAGUUCACUUUUUAUUUGAUGAUGAUUAUGAUAAAUGAUGUGUUUUAAAGAAGGAAGUAAGGAAGGAAGGAUAUUUGAAUUUUUUAUAAUUAAGGAGAAUAAAGUUAAAAAUGAUGUUUUUGUAAGUGCAACAACACACACACAGAGCUUGAUAGCAGAGAAUGUAAAGACGAAUAAACGAAAACAAUUAAUUAUUAGUUUUAAUGUUAAAGCAAAGAAAACAAAAAUAUUUAUAUACUAACAAAUUACAAUGCGUAACAUUGUUUUCGUUUUCUUGUUUUUUCCCCCCUUUUUGCUCUUUUUUCUUUGUUUUUUUAAUUAUAGUUUUCAUUCACUGCUUUUUCCUUCACUUGGUUUUUAUUUUUAUUUUUUAAUCUAUUAAUAUACGCACGUAUUUGUACUUAUAAUCAAUUGUAAGCAUAAGCAUAAUGUGCGAAAAAAACAAAAACAAAAAAAAAACAAAAUAAAUAAAUAUAAAAAAUAAAUUUGAAAUGAAAUGUAAGAAGAAAUCGAUUAUGUAUGAUAUGCGCAACAAUAAACAAGUAGCAAUCGCUAAAAUUGUAGAAACAAAUUUCAGCGAAAAUCGUUCUAAAAAAUACAAAAACAAAAUAA